CCCAAAAUAACGUUUUCAGGUCUAAGAUUUUGAGAACCUAUAAAAAGAAAAGUCAGAAACCCUAAUCUAGGGUUUUCAUUUUUUUCCUCUCCUACACAGGGUAGAUAUCAGGAAAAGGUUAAACCAUGAGUAAGCUUCAGAGUGAAGUGUUGAGGGAGGCAAUCAGCCAGAUUGGUACAGAAGCUAAGGAUAAAAAGCGUAACUUCACUGAGACAAUGGAGCUUCAGAUUGGUCUUAAGAACUAUGACCCACAAAAGGACAAGCGUUUCAGUGGUUCAGUGAAGUUGCCACAUAUUCCUCGACCUAAGAUGAAAGUCUGUAUGCUUGGAGAUGCUCAGCAUGUUGAGGAGGCUCAAAAAAUUGGACUUGAUUAUAUGGAUGUUGAAGGGCUAAAGAAGCUCAACAAGAACAAGAAAUUGGUCAAGAAGCUUGCAAAGAAAUUUCAUGCUUUUCUAGCCUCAGAAGCUGUUAUCAAGCAGAUUCCCCGUCUCCUUGGUCCUGGUCUUAACAAGGCAGGAAAGUUUCCAACUCUUGUGACACAUCAGGAAUCAUUGGAGGCCAAGGUAAAUGAAACCAAGGCAAUGGUUAAGUUUCAAUUAAAAAAGGUGCUUUGUAUGGGUGUUGCUGUUGGUAACCUUGGAAUGGAGGACAAGCAGAUCUUCCAGAACGUCCAGCUUAGUGUCAAUUUCCUAGUAUCAUUGCUCAAGAAGAAUUGGCAAAAUGUGAGGUGCUUAUACUUGAAGAGUACCAUGGGCAAGCCAGUUCGCAUCUUCUAAGCAUUGUUUUUACCAAGUAUGAAUGCAGAUCCUGCUAUAUUGUCACUCGGGUGGUUUCUAUAGAUUUAGCUGUAGGAGAUACCUCGAGGGUUGUAACCAGCAAGAGGUCCAAUUUUGCGAAAUAUCUAAAGAAAGAACCCCAGAAUAUGUCAUGUUUCUUGAUAAUUCUCGUAGGAAAUGUAAUUUACACUUUUAUUGCGCAUCUAUUCUGACCAGAUUCUAAAAUUUUAUGCUAUUCAUGGAUUUAAAAUCAAAACAUGGUUGGACUGGAAAUCAAAGUA